CACACUUACUGAACAGCUGUUGCGAUCCAAACAAAACAAACAAUUUUAUAAACUAUUUAAUUAUUGCUGAAACAGCUUAGUUGAAUGAGAAAAUGCUACUGGCACCAGCUGCUCAAUCUCAGCCCACUCUACACCAGCCGCUCCACUCGAAAGUAUCCAAUUACCUAAACAAUCAGCGGCGCACUGGAGAGUUCUGUGAUUUGCUGCUGGAAUUGGAUUCUGCGGACGAUGCGUUGAGCCUGAGCGUGCACUUCUGUGUCCUGGCCGCUCAGAGUCAGCUCAUUGCCACCAACCAGAAGCAGCAACAGUUCUCCAUACACAAUCCUCUGAAGAUAACCAUCCGCAAUUUCGCUUGCACACAAUGCUUGCACACAAUUGUGGACUUUUUCUACGAAGACAUUGUGUCCGUUUCGAAGGAUCAUGAACAGCAUUUCCGGGAGCUGGCUAAAAUAUUGGCAGUGACAGAGCUCUUGAACUUGUACCAGAUGCAGCCAGCGGACGAGGCUAGAGAAACAUGCGAGGCCACGACACCCGGAGAUGCUGAGGGGAACCUGGAGCCAACAAAGAAACCCGAAGAUCUAUUUGAAAAUCAGCAGAGCAUCUUCAAGCUGAAGAAUCCCCGUGCCGUAAAAUCCAGCAGCAAAGUCAACUACUGCAUUGGCUGCGACUUCAAAUGCUACCAAGUGCAGAAGAUGAUUGAGCACAUGAGCAGCUGUGAGCCCUCGCAUCUAACGUGUUCCCUGUGCGAGGUUGGCUUUCUGGACUGGCGGGAGUAUGACAGGCAUCUGCGCCGCCACUCUGGAAAUCCGCGCAAGCCCUUCUUUUGCCUGCAGUGCGGCAUUCACUUCACCACCAGAGCUGCUCUGCUGGUGCACCAGCCGAAGCACUCUACAGAAACGCCUCACAUCUGUCCGCACUGUGGCAAGGGCUUCAAGUGGAAGCAGGGCCUCAGCAAUCACAUUCUCGUCCACAAUCCAGAGAAGCAAAUGCUCUGCGAUGUGUGCGGCUAUAGCACCACCCACAUGAAGGCUCUCAAGUCUCACAAAUUGCUCCACACGGGCGAAUUCUUCGCCUGCACCGUUUCGGGGUGCAACCAUGUAAGCAAUCGCAAGGAGAACAUGAAGCUGCACAUCGAGACGCACAAGCAGGGACGGGACUUUAUAUGCGAAAUAUGUGGCUGCAACUUUAGCCAGAGCAAGAACCUCAAACGGCACGCUCUCAAGCACACGGAGAACGGGCCCAGUCGCUACAAAUGCCAGCUAUGUAGCUUUAGUAGUCAUCGUUCCGACAAAAUGAAGGAGCAUGUGCAGCGUGUGCACACCGAGAAGGCUGUACAACUGGAGCUCUCUGAAUCGGUGGAUAGCUCGUUCGAGAACAAAAUGCCAGAUGAUUUCGACCUUCCCAUGAUCGAAGACACUCUGCCGCCGGUCAGAAAGAAGCAAAGAGAACCCAAAGGUUCGCGCAAGCAGACAGUUGAAGGAACUCCGUCAAUCGAGAAGCGCCUUAAAAUGCUGCUCCCCAAGGAAAAUGUUAAAUAGGAUAGUCCCUCAGUUUGAAAAGUCGUUAAAACGAUUGAUAAUAUAUUGUGGAAGGCUGUAGAGUCAAUUACAAUGUAAGGAGAAUGCUUUCUUAUCGAAGAAUGUGAUAACGAUUCCGUUGUAUUGCGUCGUUUCUCUCGAAGCAGGUGGAACUUUCCGGCAAGUGACUAAUGAACCAUAACCAGAGCAAUAGUUGACAAUGUGUACAAUCUUAUCAGACCGAAGGAGACCGAAGGAGGUCCGCUGUACGUAACAAGUGUUGUUCAUACAAAAACAAUUAGACCAAAACGAAUUAAAAGCUUUAUUU